CCCAUUUAUUACAUUUUUUAUGCACUGUCAAGUUCAUCCUCUGUCCUCUAACUUCUCUCUGCAGGAUACCCCUUUCUAGUUUGGUUCAUGACGAUCUGCAGGGAAAGAGCUGCCUUCAAACUCCUUUGCUCAUCUCUUCUAAUACCUCAGGCUCUUGACCAAUUUUAACAUCUCAGGUUUCAGAGCCAGGAGAGAGCCCUGCCUCAUCCUGAGCUGUUCAUCCCCACUGGGUGGAGCUGGGGCCAACCACCACUAUUUUCUGCCUUUCUAUUCCUUCUUCUAUGAUUUUCUGGGUCCCUCAAAGUUGUGACAGAGCACUGGCCUGGGUCCAACCAAGCCUUAUGAGGAAACAAUAUAGGUCUAGUCUUGGGAACCCCCACUUAUCCUAAGAGGGUGGGAGAAAAGGGUGAACAAGUAAGGUUGACAGAAGCUGUGACAGAUAACACUCUGGUUUAAAAAUAUUCGAGUGUGAGUACACAGGACCUGAGUGGGCAAGGGCUUUGGAAGGACAAGCAGGACCAGCAGAACAUUCCAGAUUGGGUGGGUGGAAAACUGGCAAAGAGACCUGAGCAAGAAAAAGAGAGGCCUUUGUCUCACAGACAAACCACAAAGCCAGGCAUUGGAGUCAGAGAGGCAGCAGAUGCCAGGCCUGCACCCAUCUUUGUGACUGGUCCCCUGGGUGAUCUGUCUUCUUCUCUGUCCCUGUAAAUAAAGUUUAGGUCUGAUCACCACAAGCCUUAGGUAUCACUGUAGUGGCUCCCUGAAGCAGAGAGCCAUGUUUAUUUAAAAAGGGGAUUUUCUUUAAGCAGAAAAAAGAAGGAUGAAUUACCUGGACAGAAAGCAACUCUGCAGAAUGAUGCGCCUGGAGAAGGACAGAUUCUCUGUCAACCUGGAUGUGAAGCACUUCUCCCCAGAGGAACUCAAAGUUAAGGUGCUGGGAGAUGUGAUUGAGGUGCACGGCAAACAUGAAGAGCGCCAGGAUGAACAUGGUUUCAUCUCCAGGGAGUUCCACAGGAAAUAUCGGGUUCCAGCUGAUGUGGACCCUCUCACCAUUACUUCAUCCCUGUCAUCUGAUGGGGUCCUCACUGUGAAUGGACCAAGGAAACAGGUCACUGGCCCUGAGCGCACCAUUCCCAUCACCCGUGAAGAGAAGCCUGCUGUCACUGCAGCUCCCAAGAAAUAGAUGCCCUUUCUCGAAUUGCAUUUUUUAAAUCAGGAAAGUUUCCCCACCAGUGAAUGAAAGUCUUGUGACUAGUGCUGAAGCUUAUUAAUGCUAAGGGCAGGCCCAAAUUAUCAAGCUAAUAAAAUAUCAUUCAGCAACAGA